GACCAUAUUUUAAGAAGAGUUACUGUUGCUAAAAUGCUGUCCGUUUCACUUUAAGUAACUUGCAUACCUGCAGACAUUCCAGACAUUUUUAUUGUGCUUCAUGAUUAUGUCCACGUCACCUCCUGUCAUUCUCUCUCUAAGCAUUUGAGAAGAGUGGAAAGGUCUGAUCACCAUGGCAGCAAACAUCAUAGUCCACCAACAGGUGGCAGCACCUGCUAUGAAGGGCUGGAACACUGGCCUUUUUGACUGCUGUCAAGACAUGAAUUCCUGUUGUUAUGGUUUCUGGUGCUGUCCUUGCUUAGCCUGCUCCACCACGGGAGAGUUUGGAGAGAGUACCUGUCUGCCAUUAGUGGACAUCAUUGGCCCUGCUUGCAUGGUUGCUUUUGGGGUGCCCAUCAUAGUGCCACCCGCAAGUCUGUCCAUGCGGGUUGCUGUACGCCACAAAUAUGGCAUUCAGCAAAGCCUCUGUGAGGAUAUCAUGGCAUCCUGCUUCUGUGUCUGGUGCUCAUGGUGUCAGAUGGCCAGGGAGAUCAAAGACCACAAGAAGAGCUGCACUUUCACAACCAUCCAGCCUGUGGCCAUCCAAGUGCAGCCUCAAACCAUGACCAACUCAAACGUGUCCUACAUAACCAAUCAACAGAGCUACACCAUGACCAGCCCACAGUCCCCCAACCCACAGGGCUACAUCAUGACCAACCCACAGGGCUACAUCAUGACCAGCCCACAGUUCCCAAACCAACAGGGCUACAUCAUGACCAGCCCACAGUCCUCCACCAUGGUUGAGAAGCAUCCUGAUAUGAUGGCAGGCCCCCCUGGCAUUGCCGGAGGGGCUCAAAUUAAGAUGGCAUCUGACCAACAUGCCAUGGCAGGCACUUCUCAAAUGAUGGCUUCUGCUCCUAAUGCCUAUAACCCUGCUUUCAUGAUGCCCCCUGAUAUGUCUAACCAUAUGGUGAACACCACUGUCUCCACCCAACCAUCCAAAUGCUGAGCUCUGCUGCUUCAUCGAAUCACUUUCUGAUAGCUGACAUUGCUGUAAUGUUCAGUCAGUGAAUUCAUUUGAUUUAUGAAAAUGUUUUUAUACGGUUAAUAGUCUGAGGUCUAUUUGAUGGUAAUGGCCUCUGCUCAUUGUCUUGACAUGUAAUAAAGUCAUUUAUAUUGUG